AUGCCUUCGCGUAAAGUAAUCAGUGGAACACCUUGUCCAGGUCAACAGGCAGAGCAUGCCCGAUUUGCCGGUCAAAGUCAUCAUAACCCGAGCGAAAGUUUGACUUCGGAAUCACCUCACGGACUGAGCCCUUGGCAAGAGCUCGUUGACAUUCCAUCUCAGCUACAUCCAGGUAAGGCAGUUCCAGACCUUUCGCAGCAUCGAUCUGACGAUAUAGCAGGAACCACCUCCCAGAAGCGCGUCGCCAGCUCCCAAGAAGACGAGCUUCCGCACAAAACACGCCAGCUCCAGGCCAAAGCUAGGAUGUCGGAACUCAUGGCGGAUGCUGCGGCCAAGCUCGCAGAGGCAUCAGAGAAGGAGGUGAAGGUCGCAAUUAUCAGAGCGGAAGCAACUGAGAAGAUAGCAGAAGUCAUGCAGAUGCGUGCAGAGUACGACCGCCGAGCCUUGGAGGAGUGUAUAGGAAACCAGUCUUCGUGA